CAUCAUCAUUUGAAGACAUAAAACAAACUCGAACAAAAAUUGAAACAACAAAUGCUCCAUUUAAUAAUCCAUUUCGAAAAAAGAAAUUGGCAAAUUCAACCAAUGAAACAUCAACAAAUGAUGAAUUAAGUCAAUGGAAACCAUCAAUUAAUAAAUCUCGUCUUUCAACAUCGAAUAAAACAACACCUCAGAUUAAUGUUAAUGUUGAAACAAUAACUGAAAAUGAAGAUAAUUCAUCAAAUGGAAAAAGAAAAAUUGAUGACGAUGAUGAUAAAAUAGAAGUAUUAUUUAAUGAUGAAAUAUUUGUUUUUUUCAUGUG